UCACCACCACUACUACUAACACUUGCUGCUUUUGCUACUACUACUACUACUACUACUACUACUACUACUACUACUACUACUACUACUACUACUACUACUACUACUACGACUAUUGCCACUACUACUACUACGACUACUACUACGACUACUACGACUAUUACCACCACUACUACUACUACGACUACUACCACCACUACUACUACUACUACUACUACUACUACUACUACUACUACUGCUGAUCCUGCAGCCACUACUACUACUACUACCACCAUGGAUCCUGCUGCUACUACUACCACCAUGAAUCCUGCUGCUGCUACUACCACCAGAGCUUCUACUUCUACUGUGACUGAUUCUGAUGGUAGUACUAUUACUCAAACCGUUAUUAGUACUGUCAAGGUUAUUCCUACUAUUAUUAUUACUAGUAUCACACUUAUAACUACUGUUAUUGGUCCGAACGCUGAUGUUAGUACUACUACUAUUACGAGUACUAGGGUUACUAAAACUGCAAGUGUUCCUGUUGCUACUAUUGAUACUUCUACUACUACUAGUACUACUGCGUUUGAUCCUAAUGCUAAUACUACUACUAGGAUCUAUCUUCCUGCUAUUGUUACUACUACGACUGUUUUUGAUGUUACUAUUACUACUAGCAAUAUCCCUGCUUAUGAUGCUAAUACUACUAUUAUUAAGAAUACUUCUCCUAUUACUAUUACGAGAGUUCCUAAUUGUCAUUCUACUGACACUCGUACGACUAUUCCUCAUGCUCAUACUACUAGUACUGCUAUUACGUCUUAUCCUUCUGUUACUUCUGUUGUUACUGUUACGAAUACUGCUGAUGGUAUUAUUACUACUACAACUAUUGUUAGAACUGCCGCUAAUGGUAUUAAUACUACUACUAUGACUGUUACUAAGCUUUCUUCUUCUCGUGUUACUUUUACUACCAGUACUACUAGUAUCACUAUCAAAUUUGAUCCUAGUCUUGCCCGCUUGGUUAUGGCAUCCACUUGUCACUGCUGCUGCCAUUGCUGCAUGUGCAUGUGCUGCAUCUAUCACCGCGACGACUGCAACCGUUACAUCAACAGCUAACACGACCGCUACCACGACCGCUACCACGACCGCUACUACCUCUAAUACUACCACUAUUACUACUUCUACUACUACUACGACUGUUGCUGCCUCUACUAUUACUACUACUAUCACUACUAUUACUAUUACUGUC